ACCAAAAAGCCAAUGAGACAGUAAUGUGAAGAGUGACCCCCCUCAAGUCUUCACAAGCUCAGUCUUUCUCUCCAUACAGAACUAUUUGCAGUAAGUGUGAGGGCUGCCUUCAGUCUCCAGCGUGGUCUCGGUCUCCAGGUCUCUGCUCAAGUGCGUGACAGAAAAUACUCAGCAUGAUGUCUUCUUUAAAGGAGAUAUGCAGUGGUUUACCUCUGGACCCUUUGCCCUCUAACCGGGGAAGAGACCCCGAUGUGCCACACGCACCUAUACGAACCCCCAACCUCACAGCAGAGGAAAAACGGUUGGCGCUAAGAAAUGCAUUGCGUUAUUUCCCCCCUUCCCACCACGCAACACUUGCACCUGAAUUUGCUCAAGAGCUGUGGCAGUACGGGCACAUCUACAUGUACCGCUUCUGCCCCACAUUACACAUGAGAGCUUACCCCAUAGAUCAGUACCCGUGCCGCACACGUCAAGCAGCCUCCAUAAUGCUAAUGAUCAUGAACAACCUGGACCCAGCAGUUGCUCAGUUCCCCCAAGAGCUCGUCACCUACGGGGGGAAUGGACAGGUGUUUAGUAACUGGGCCCAGUUUCACCUGGUGAUGCAUUACUUGAGUGAGAUGACAGAGGAACAAACUCUGGUCAUGUACAGUGGUCAUCCCAUGGGCCUCUUCCCCAGCCUGCCUUCCUCGCCUCGCGCCAUCAUCACCAACGGCAUGGUUAUUCCAAAUUACUCCUCAAAAAAUCAGUAUGAAAAGAUGUUUGCCCUUGGUGUGUCAAUGUACGGUCAAAUGACAGCAGGGAGCUACUGCUACAUUGGACCUCAAGGGAUUGUUCAUGGCACUAUGCUGACUGUGCUAAAUGCCGGCCGGAGGUAUCUUGGCUCUGAUGACUUAAGGGGCCGUGUCUUAGUGACCUCUGGACUGGGGGGCAUGAGUGGAGCUCAGGCUAAAGCUGCCGUCAUUGCCGGCUGCAUUGGUGUGAUUGCUGAGGUGGAUGAGGCUCCUCUUAGAAAGAGACAUGAGCAGGGCUGGCUAAUGGAGGUCACCAGCAGCAUGGACCAGUGCAUUAAACGCAUCAGAGAGGCCAAGAGCUCCAAGACUCCCCUCAGUCUGGGUUUCCAUGGAAACAUUGUAGACUUGUGGGAGAGGCUGCUGCUGGAGUACGAGAGGACAGGGGAGCUCCUGGUGGAUUUGGGUUCAGACCAAACAUCCCUUCAUAACCCAUAUAACGGAGGCUACUACCCAGUCCGGCUGAGCUUCCACCAAGCAAAUCAGCUCAUGACGACUGAUCCUAAUCGUUUCCGAACCAUGGUCCAAGAAAGCCUUCGAAGACAAAUUAAGGCCAUUAACAAGCUGUCCGAUGCUGGUAUGUUCUUCUGGGACUAUGGCAACGCAUUUCUCCUGGAAGCCCAGAGAGCUGGAGCAGAAGUAGAAAAGGUUGGUGGAGGAGCAACAGAGUUCCGGUACCCAUCGUACGUUCAGCACAUUAUGGGGGACAUUUUCUCUUUGGGAUUUGGCCCAUUUCGCUGGGUGUGCACAUCUGGCGACCCCCAAGAUCUUUCCAUAACGGACAAUAUUGCUGCUACUGUCCUGGAGGAAAUUAGUGCCAGCGUGAAUAAUCAAAUCCGUCAACAGUACAAUGACAACAUCCGCUGGAUCAGAGAGGCUGGAAAGCACAAAAUGGUUGUGGGUUCCCAAGCCAGAAUCCUCUACUCCGACCAGAAAGGAAGAGUCUGCAUCGCUUUGGCUAUCAACCAGGCUAUCGCUGAUGGAAGAGUUUCAGCUCCUGUGGUUAUUAGCAGAGACCAUCACGAUGUCAGUGGCACAGACAGCCCCUUCAGAGAAACCUCUAAUGUGUACGAUGGAUCUGCCUUCUGUGCAGACAUGGCGGUCCAGAACUUUGUUGGUGAUGCAUUCAGGGGUGCCACAUGGGUAGCCCUGCACAACGGUGGUGGUGUUGGCUGGGGUGAGGUAAUGAAUGGAGGAUUUGGUUUGCUAUUGGACGGCUCAGAGGAGGCAGCAAAGCGCGCCAGUCUGAUGCUCAACUGGGACGUCUCCAAUGGGGUGGCUCGUCGCUGUUGGUCUGGAAACUCUAAUGCCUAUGAAACCAUCCAGCGCACCAUGGAGGGGAACAGACAGCUGCGUGUCACCAUGCCCUUUCCUGUACAGGAUGAGCGCGUGCUGGACCGUGCCCUGCAGGGUUAGCCAACACUUACUUACAACUAUAGGAUAACAGUCUGCUACAUACAGCCACACAGCAAAGGAAACCUGCAGCUGUAAUCACUUCAGUAGAGUCUGAAUCAGGUCAAAUCCAGCUGUUAAAUCUUUAAACAGCAGAUUUCUAUAAAUCACCCACAAAGAAAAACUUACAAAACAUGUUGUCAGUUAAUGAUAAAUCAGUGUAAAUGUUGUUACAUAAGUUGUUUGCAUGUAUACAAAGAAUGCAAAGUAGGCUACAACACUGUUAUAGACUGUAAUAAUUGGAUCUGCAAGAAUAUAUUCUUUACUUUGUGCUGAAAUUAAAACUACAAGUCUGUAUAAA